AUGGGGAACUCGUCAGACAGCUCAGAUGAUGGAAAAUCAUCGCGAUUCUCUUUCAAAAAACUUGACCGUAACAACUGGGCUGAAUGGAAGACUCGGUUCGAGAACGUCAUCACCGCCAAGGGCUAUGAAGACAUUAUGAAGGACGAAUGGGUCAAAGACAACAAAGACACAUCAGAUUUCCGACAAAUGUCAGCCUGGUGCAUGAAUAAGCUCUACUCAUUGGUUAAGGAAGAACUACACCCGGUGUGGUGGCGGGAGCGCGCCUUGGCCAAAGCUUUGGCCGGUUUGUUUGGGGGCAUGCGGAAUGCUCGCGGCGCUGAUGCGGAAAGCACGCGGAGCUGA